AAACAGGCAACAUUGAACAUUGCCAAGCUGCCAUUACGCGACAUCAAGAUAAAUUAAAAAAAUACAAAGAAAUACGUCGCCAUUUUAUUGGGAUUGUAAUUAUACUUUCCCGCUUUACGUUUGUACUUUUAAAAAUAAAGAACUAAUCGUAGUACAUGCUUUGUAAUCAAAACAUAAGUUAAGAGAAAUUGUUUUAAAGCAAGGGUCAUGGAUAAUCAGAAAGAAAAGGAACGAGAUCGAUCGAGACGUGGGGAUAGACCUUCCCGCUUUUCAGAUGUUGAGAGAGAUCGAUCAAAUGACCGCGAGCGAUCGGAAGGAAAACGAUUGUUUGUGUCAAAUAUUCCCUACGAAUACCGAUGGACUGAUCUUAAAGAUUUAUUUAAGGAAAAGGUAGGAGAUGUUGCAUUUGUUGAAUUGUUCACGGAUGAUCAUGGAAAGCCUCGGGGAUGUGGAGUUGUCACUUUCUCCACAGCAGAAGCUGCAAAGAAAGCUCUAUCUGUUAUGCAUAGAUAUGAGCUAUUUGGACGGAAACUUGUAUUGAAAGAGGAAAUGGGAAAUAGUGAUAGAAGUAGAAAUAAUACAAGAUCUGGUGGAGGAAAUUCCAGAAAUGCUAGAGAUGAAAAAGAUAAUUGGGGUCCAAGUAAGCCAAGAGAGUCUGAGAGUUACAAUACUUAUGGCUUGAGUCUACAGUUUUUGGAUUCAAUCAAUGUCCAACCGCCCCUUGUUAAAAAAGUGUUUGUUGCAAAUUUGGACUACAAAGCUGACCGUGCAAAGAUUAAGGAGGUAUUCAAAAUGGCUGGAAAAGUUUAUAACAUUGAUUUGGCUGUAGACAAAGACGGGAAUAGCAGAGGCUUUGCUGUUAUUGAGUAUGAUCAUCCCGUUGAAGCUGUACAGGCAAUUUCAAUGUUUGAUAAGCAAAUGUUGUAUGACCGUCGUAUGACAGUCCGAAUGGACCGUGGCACAUCAGAUAAAAAUGAAUUGAAGCUACCAGACGGAUUGAAAGGUAUUGGAUUAGGUUUGGGACCUAAUGGGGAGCCGUUGAGAGAUGUCGCGAGGAAUCUCCCCCAAGGGCAGAGUACAACAAACAUAGGUUUGUCCGGAGCUAACACGGCUCUUGGUGCGGGAGUACUAGGUGCCGUGCCCACAGCUGGAGUGGCGCUCAAUGGUCUUGGUACUGGCUUGCCUGCAACAACAUUAGGCACAAAUGCAGCACUUGGUGGUGGCUUAAGUUUGCAGGCACUAGGGUUGACAGGUCUGGGAGCUUUACAGAAUCAAUUGCUACAACAAGGUUUGACGGCGAAUGAUCUAGCGACAGUUCUCUCAGCUCAGGCCAAUGUUAACACAAACAAUUUAGCAAUGAACUCGACGGAAAUGACACCCAACAUGAUGCCCAACUCAAAUAUGAAUAGCAAUGUUAUUGGCAACCCUGGUCUUAGCAGUGGACCAUUGUCAGGUUUUGGUCCCGUUCCAGGUCCCAACAGACAGAUGGUGAACACAUCAGUCCAAAGUCAGAACUAUGUCAGGGACACGCGGCCGGAACAGAAUUCAAGAGAUAAAAUAUCUGACAUGGUUAUAAUUACUAAUCUGCCGCCGACAGUGACAUGGCAACUGAUCCGCGAGAAGUUCAGCGAGUGUGGGGACGUCAAGUUCGCGGAGAUGACAGCAUCCGACACUGCAGUAGUCAGGUUCCACAAGGAAUGGGACGCUGAAAGAGCUAUCAAAAUGUUUGACAGGACCCGCAUCGACGGCAGGACAAUUGAUGUGCGUUUCUUCUAACUGAUAUCCAGCUAAAAAGGCAUGUGGUAUCGAAGUGUGUGUGUCGGUGUGAAGGCGUGUUGUCGUCGUCUUGUCUAAGUCGCCGGCGCCGCUCACGUCUCAUCUCACGUCAAGUGGUCGUUCUCCUUAGACUCUCAUCCCUUUAUAUCUUGUAUUCUAGACUAGUGUAGUGUUAAAUUGUCUUAUUCUUUCAUGUACGAGGUUUUUUUCAAUAAAUGAAUUACGCUUGCGAAGGAUGCAUUUCAUAUUCCUAUCAUUGUUGGUACAUCGAAGAAGUUUGUUUUUCUUUUACGAAGGCAAGUAUUCAGUCUUUAGGUAAUGUAUAUUUUAAAUUUCCUUUUUUUUGGUAUUUGAUCCGAAGACAAUUGGAGUGGAUGUUUCAUUCUGUGGGAAUAUUUAUAUAGAAAAUAUUUUUUACAUAUGGGAUUUCUAUGACUAAUGGUGAAAAAUUGGUUGAUUCAAACGUUUUGUCUAUUGGCACGAAAUGUAUCAAAUGUACUGCAAUGUAGUGGUUAUUGUGAUGACUAAGGAAUCUUUUUAUUUUUUGACAAACAGCUUUGAUAAAAAAAUCAGAGUACAUUAAAAAAAAUCUUCAAAUCAAAUUAAAUUUGUUAAGAAUUGUUUUAGGUAAGAUUCUUCAAAUUGGUACACUAUUAGUAUAUUGUAUAUAUUGGUAUAGAGAGAAAUCAACCACAUGAUGUUAAGAGUUGGAAAAAAUUUAACAAUAACAUUUAAAUUUGUUCCGUUCUAUUGGUUCUUGUAUUAAAUAUUUUAUAAAUGUUGAUGAAUCUGCUGUUAUUUUACUUCUUUUUGAAAUGUUCUUCACAGUAGGAGAUAUGUGGCAUUUCCAUCAUUUGUUUCAAGGCUCAUGGUAAGUUCUUUCUAUCGAAUAUGGGUUAUUUCUUAUUUGGGUUUUGCAUGGAUUACAAUUAGAAUGAUGCAGACUACUUUGAAAAUCAUUUUAUUUGGAAAUCUUAUGGACUAUUGGACCUUACAAUUGUUAGCCGUGUUCAGCAAUGUUUCUGGUGCGAAAUUGGUCGUUGGUGGGUUUUUAUGACGAUUUCUGCAAUCCUGUCAUUGUGAAUGUUAUUCUACAAAAGUUUUCACUUUGCUACGAUUUUUUUUUAAAUUCUAUUAUACGAAUUACAGGAAUAGUUCCUGUGAAUGAAAAACAGGUCGAUAUAGACGACAAUUAUUAAGACGUCACACGAAAUAGAGGGUGUUUAGAAACCAAAACGUGUACCCAGUACGAGAUGAGAGAUGGUGAAAAGAUGUUUACAAUAUCUACUGUAACAGCGCUUUCGUCAAUAUUUGAUGACUACAAUGGAUUGGAUUUAAUUGAUGUUAUUGAAGAUUAAGAAAUAAUUAUCCAGCUAAAAGAAUGCAUGUUCA